GCCCCGGGGUCUCUUUCCCCCUUCCUCCUCCUCCUCCUCCACCCCCCCCUUCCUCCUCCGCCCGCCCGCGGGGCCCCCCUCGCCUUCCCGCCCGCCCCUAUUGUUCCGCCCCCGGCCUCCCGCCCUUCCCCUUCCCGCCCGCUCCCCUUUUCCCCUCAGUCGCCUCGCGCCUGCAGUUUUUGGCUUUCACCCCCACCAGUGACCAAAGACUUGACCACUCAGCGUCCAGCUCCUCAGAACACUGCUCGACAUGGACACCGGUGUGAUUGAAGGUGGAUUAAAUGUCACUCUCACCAUCCGGCUACUUAUGCAUGGAAAGGAAGUUGGCAGUAUCAUCGGAAAGAAAGGAGAAUCAGUUAAGAAGAUGCGUGAGGAGAGUGGAGCACGUAUCAACAUCUCAGAAGGGAAUUGUCCUGAGAGGAUUAUCACUUUGGCUGGACCCACUAAUGCCAUCUUCAAAGCCUUUGCUAUGAUCAUUGAUAAACUGGAAGAGGACAUCAGCAGCUCUAUGACCAAUAGCACAGCUGCCAGUAGACCCCCAGUCACCCUGAGGCUGGUGGUCCCUGCUAGUCAGUGUGGCUCUCUCAUUGGGAAAGGUGGUUGCAAGAUCAAGGAAAUACGUGAGAGUACAGGGGCUCAGGUCCAGGUGGCAGGGGAUAUGCUCCCCAACUCAACUGAGCGGGCCAUCACUAUUGCUGGCAUUCCGCAGUCCAUCAUUGAGUGUGUGAAACAGAUCUGCGUGGUCAUGUUGGAGACUCUCUCCCAGUCCCCCCCGAAGGGCGUGACCAUCCCGUACCGGCCCAAGCCGUCCAGUUCUCCAGUCAUCUUUGCAGGUGGUCAGGACAGGUACAGCACAGGCAGCGACAGUGCGAGCUUUCCCCACACCACCCCGUCCAUGUGCCUCAACCCUGACCUGGAGGGACCACCUCUAGAGGCCUAUACCAUUCAAGGACAGUAUGCCAUUCCACAGCCAGAUUUGACCAAGCUGCACCAGUUGGCAAUGCAACAGUCUCAUUUUCCCAUGACGCAUGGCAACACCGGAUUCAGUGGCAUUGAAUCCAGCUCUCCAGAGGUGAAAGGCUAUUGGGCAGGUUUGGAUGCAUCUGCUCAGACUACUUCUCAUGAACUCACCAUUCCAAACGAUUUGAUUGGCUGCAUAAUCGGGCGUCAAGGCGCCAAAAUCAAUGAGAUCCGUCAGAUGUCUGGGGCGCAGAUCAAAAUUGCGAACCCAGUGGAAGGAUCUACUGAUAGGCAGGUUACCAUCACUGGAUCUGCUGCCAGCAUUAGCCUGGCUCAAUAUCUAAUCAAUGUCAGUUUAGAAAACGCUAAACCCUCCUCCCAGGCAGCCUCCGUCACGAUCCCUGAUCACCUCAGCAUCAACCUCUCUCAACCCUCCACCCCUUCUUCUUCUUCUUCCUCCUCCACCACCACCCCCUCGCUCGCCACAGCGGGGACCUCCGACGCACCCUCCAGCCUCCCCAACCCUCUUCCGACCGCCCCUUGUGUCUCCAGUCUGCUUGGCAUGAAACCCAUCCCUCUCCUGGCUCUAAAUGUUGUGUCUGCUGCUAAGGGUGCCGGGGCUUCAGCUACCACCACCACCACCUCUGCCGUGCCAUGUGUAACUAACAAACUGAAAGGCGAGAAACAGAGAUUCUCUCCCUACUGAUUGCAUAUAUCUUGGGGCACCCCCUCAAGUAUUUGUUUUUGUUUUUGUUUUUGUUUUCCCUUUGUUAACAUUGGUGAGAACCAAACUAUUGUGAGCUUGUGACCGUUUCCUUUUUACUGUUUUGGGGGAUAACAGGGUGGGGGCAGGGGCAAUGGUAAACUGUUUAGGUUUAGGCCGUUUCUGCUUGAGUGCCUGUUUCAGAGUCUGACUUGUUGAAUUCUUUAUCUAGAGCCACAGUUCUUGCUCUUCUUUCUCAUUCUGUUACUUUUUUGUAGCUUUAUUCUGCCUUGCAAUAUAACAAUGUUUUAGGCUCUGUGUUAAUGAAUAAAAGCUUCUCCAUUAACCUUUUUUUUUUUUUUUUUUUUUUAUUUCAUGGUUAUCAACCAGCCUUCUUGGCCAGAUUUGUGUUUCUAGCUGUAAUAAAGUUGCCACAGUAAGAACCUUAGUUGA